AGUGAAGUUGGGGUAGGGAUAAACGUGGAAUUAAAACUAGUUUCGGAAUGAGAAAUAAACACGAUGGUGUUAUGUGCUGUUGAAGCUAAACAAAUAAUAUUUAGUGUUUUUUAAAAACGAAUCAAUUCACCUAAACCGCCUUUUAACAACCGUAAUUAGAGCAACAAUGCAUCAACUACUUAGCUGUAUCUUCCUCACCUUUUUCCUCACAUUCGCCUACGUCGAGGCCUGCAACGAAGCUGUAUGCGGCAGCGUGGUGAGCAAGUGCCUCCUCACGCAGUCCUGUAGAUGCGACCUUAAAAACUGCACGUGCUGCAAAGAAUGCUACAGCUGUCUGGGGCAACUGUACAGCGAAUGCUGUUCAUGCGUAGACAUGUGUCCAAAGCCCUUAGAGGACGGCGGUGGUUCACUGAGCACGAAAUCGCACGUGGAAGAGUUCGCCGAAAAGGUGGCGGGACUAUUUCAAGUACUAACGGAGGCGCCGGAUCCGCAGAAUCGCUGGACCAGUUUCACUUACGCGAUCGACUUGGACGCCACGCUCUUCACGCCCAAGAAAGAGAUGAAACUGCAGAUGCAAAGCGUAGAGCAAGAGGUUGCCCCUGUCAAACCGAACGUGACCAGUUUAAAUUGCACCGUCGCGUUCAUGUCGCAAUGUAUGAGUUGGACGAAGUGCCGCAGCAGCUGCCAGUCAAUGGGAGCUUCCAGUUAUAGAUGGUUUCACGACGGUUGUUGUGAAUGUGUCGGCGACACCUGUAUUAACUAUGGCAUCAAUGAUAGCAGGUGCAGGAAGUGUUCGUUAAAGGACGAGGUGACGGACGAUUACGCUUUGUCGGACGAAGAUCUAGAUUACGGGGAAGAUAUGGACAUGGAAGAGGAAGAGACAAAUGAUGAAAAUCUGUGAAUCAAAAUUUAAACCGACAGUUGGAUUUCUUGGUAACAAAACAGUAUUAAUCUUGCGACAUUUAUUGUAUAGUACCUAUCCUAAUAAAAUGUUACAUUUUGUUACAACAGUCAUAGACCUAUUAUUUAAAAAGGUAUAAAAUGUGUAAAUACGUUUGUACCAGACAGACGUAGUAUAAAAAAUGUCUAAGUUAUUAGGACUAGAAAAUGAAGAGCAUUUGUAUAUAUUUUUGUAAUAAAUAAGUUUUGUAACAAGAUUGUCAUAAUAAAAACGCUAAAUUACA